AUGCCUCUCGAUGAAGAAGGUGCCAAGUGGUCCUGUGAACCAUGCAUUCGAGGUCAUCGAUCUUCAAAAUGCCAACACUUCGAUAGACUUAUGAUGAAGGUUCCUAAAGCCGGACGUCCUCUUGCAAAAUGUCCCCAUCCGAAAGGAACUUGCAGCUGCCAGAAGACGUAUGCCGUGAUGGUCCGCAUUCCAAAAGGCUCAUCAUGCUUAUGUCGUCCGCUCUAUAAAGUUCCCAUGGAUGCCAAUGAGUCAACCCAGUCUCCCCCAUCUUCCAUGGUUUCCUCAUCGUCACCAGCUCCGGGCAAGGUCCAGAAGUCCGGAAGAAGACAGAGCACUAUGCAAGCAGCACCUGAAAACAUAGCACGCGCAUUAGAAAAUAUGCCAGACAAGGUGAAGCUUGAAGAUGGAACGCCGAACUUGGUUUCAGACUUCUCUUCGCAGCUCGGGUUAGAUAGCUCACACAUAUCUCCCACUACGUCUACACAAAACCAGAAGACGCCAUCGCCCACAGAACCUACCAGGCAAGACUCGAAGUCUCCCCAAGUAUCAAGCUGCUGCUCUCAAAACAAAAAACCGAAAACACCCACCCCGACUCCAGCUCCUAUUGCGGCUGCUGCUCCGGCUCAGAAUGGUGGAUCUUGCUGCGGGGUAUCUCGUCCUUCCACGACAAAUCAAGUUGUGUACUCAGAGGCCGACCAGCAGCAAUUCCAACAACCUAUUGCAUGGGAUGAUCAGACUUACAUGCACUUUCCCAUGCCCCAACUGCCCCCAUGGCAGGAUUCCUCAAUUCCCACGCAUAGAAACUACAUGCAUUCCGCCAUACACCAAUCACACCCACAUCACUCAAGCCUUCAGAAUGGAUACAUGGGAAUGAUGCUGCCACAUUCUCAGCCUCAAAUGUCCCAAAUGGGGAUGUCACUCGGUGUGACUUCGCCGCCGUCUAUGGCGUACUCUAACCCGAUGAACGGUCUUGGAAUCACGGACCCCUCUAUGGCUCCAUACAUACUCAACAACCUCGAGCCUUCUUACAAUGCCCCACUAGGCGGUGACUCUUGUCACGACUGUAGCUGUGGAGAAGACUGCCAGUGUCUUGGCUGUGCUGCUCAUCCAUUCAAUACCACAACACGGAAACAUGUCCAGGAGAUGGGUGCUAUGAUCACCUUCAACGGCGAUGACAAGAACCAGGAAAUCAUCAACCCCUAUCAAGCCUCACCUUACCAGGGAGGAACAACUCCGACCCCGUUCCCUUACUUCAUGCCAAAUCCUCCUUCAAUGGACCAUGGCUUCCAGCCGAUUCCAUUUGAUAGCUACUCCGACCCAAAUUCCACCCUACCCAGCGGUUACUCCUCCCCUCUGUCAGCAAACCAUCAGCUGAACCAGCAAUUGAUGCAUCCUUCGGAGUACUACACACUGGAAUACCCAGUCGGGCUACCAAGUGCCUGUUCCGACAUGACAGGCAGCUGCCAAUGCGGCAGCGACUGCAGCUGUGUCGGCUGUCUUACACACAGCGGUCACAACGGUUUCUCUCUGGAUGUGCCUAUCCCUGAGCACCCAGUUGCUAACACAGCAGAUAAUCAUCCUCAAUCUUCACGCCAUGUUCCCCACACACAUUUCACUACAUCUCAGACUUCCCGCAUCCCGGUACUAGACAAUGUGUCUGUGUCCUGCCUCAGUCCACGCACUUUGGAGACUUCCAUGAUCUAG